UGCGUUCGUUGACGCUGAGAUUUGCGUUUUUUUUCCGUUCAGUUCCAUUCGAGACGUUGAGUGGACAGGUUCACAUAGAUACACACAUAUUGAGUAUACGCCGCAUCAUGUCCACUUUGUCAAAAGUAAUAUCACUACGCGGCUGCGCUGGGGAGCAAGUGCGUCAUUAUAGCGCCGCUGCGCAGACCCAGCUGCGUGAGCUGCUAAGCAAACAACUGAGUGGUAUCAAGGAGGCGGGGACUUUUAAGGCGGAGCGCAUCAUAACCUCAUCGCAGAGCACACAGAUAACGGUGCAGGGCAGCGAUCGCCAGAUUCUGAAUUUUUGUGCCAAUAACUAUCUGGGGCUGGCGAACAAUCCGGAGAUUGUGCAGUACAGUCAACAGCUGCUGAAUAAAUAUGGUGCUGGAUUGAGCUCGGUGCGAUUCAUUUGUGGCACUCAGGACAUCCACAAGAAGCUGGAGCAGAAGAUUGCGCAAUUUCAUGGACGCGAGGAUACGAUCUUGUAUGCGUCGUGCUUUGACGCCAAUGCGGGCAUUUUUGAGGCAAUACUCACGCCCGAGGAUGCCGUCUUCUCCGAUGAGCUGAACCAUGCGUCUAUCAUCGAUGGCAUCCGGUUGUGCAAGGCGAAGAAGCAGCGCUACAAGCAUCGCGAUCUGACUGAUUUGGAGCAGCAGCUGCGGUCGAGCGAUGCCCGUCUCAAGCUGAUUGCCACCGAUGGUGUCUUCUCCAUGGAUGGCAAUAUAGCGCCGUUGGCUCGCAUUGUCGAGCUGGCCAAGAAAUAUGAUGCACUCGUGUUUGUUGAUGAGUGCCAUGCGACAGGCUUCUUUGGUGCCACUGGACGCGGCACCGAGGAGUAUGCCAAUGUCAUGGGCGAGGUGGAUAUUAUCAACUCGACGCUAGGCAAAGCACUGGGUGGCGCCUCUGGUGGAUAUACAACUGGCCCCACCGAGCUAAUCUCAUUUCUGCGCCAGAAAUCGCGUCCAUAUCUCUUCUCCAACACACUGCCGCCGGCUGUAGUAGCCGUCGGCCUCAAGGUCAUGGACAUGCUGCUCAGCUCCAGUGAACUCUGUCAGCGUGUCCAGAGCAACACGCAACGCUUCCGCGAUGCCAUGACAAAGGCGGGAUUCAACAUUGCUGGCGAGAAUCAUCCCAUCUGUCCGGUCAUGUUGGGCGAUGCCCGUCUGGCCUCCACCUUUGCCGAUCAAAUGCUAACACGUGGCAUUUAUGUCAUUGGAUUCAGCUAUCCAGUGGUGCCGCAGGGCAAGGCACGCAUUCGCGUUCAAAUCUCCGCCGCUCACACAGAGGCGGAAAUUGAUCGAGCUAUUGAAGCCUUCAUUGAGGUUGGUCGCUCACUCAAGGUCAUCCAGUAAUGGGUGGGAUCUGUACAUUUGUCUGCUGCACUUAUAAUUGAACCAACAACUUAGUUCACAUUUAAAAAACCAAUAACCAAAUCUGAUAAAAAUAUUA